CUAUGAAGCGUAGAUAUGAAGAGGGGUCGUCAAGUGUCAAGAAUACUGAGCAAGGAACCCAGGAGGCAGAAGGGCAUGUGAAAGAAGAAUCUCCAGUAAGGCCUGGGCCCAGUAUGGCGAUCAAGGCUGAGGACCAGCAAGAAAAUGAGAGUUCUUCUAUCUGCUAUGCAUUUGCGUCUUCUUUCUGUUGUUCUGCCUCACCACCCAAAACUGAUAAUAAAGGGUCCCUCUACUACAUCCAGGUGAAAACCAUAAAAGGAGUGGCUGUUGCAUGGGAGACUGAGACUGGAAUGGAGCCAAUCCAGAGGGCACCUCGAAUUUAUGAGUUGAACCCUUCUGAAGAGGGCAUACUAGAGUCUCCUGAUGUGGAGAAAAGUGUGGAUGAGAUGAAUGAAGAAUAUAAAGAAGCAGAAUUACCAGGACCUUCAAGACAUAUUGAUGAAAGAAGACGGAGAAAGAUCCCUGAUUGGAUGGUUACAACAGACAAUGGCUAUCGUUGUGUGGCCUGCUGCCGGGUAUUCCUCACCCUGGAGGCCCUCAGGAAACAUGCUAAAUCUGGGCCCAAGGAGGGAUUUAGCUGCCAUGUUUUUAAUAGAAAAGUCCAUGAAAGUCGAAGAACCCAGAAAAGUUUGCUCCUAGGCAAAGAUGAACAUUUAACCCAAAGCCCCAAAGAACAAAGUAAGCCACAUGAAGGCCAGGGUAAAGGAAAAGGCCGACAUGGGCGCACCUCCCAUGGUACUCAGAGCAUGGAUUUACAUCAUGACAAGGAUGCAGAAUGA